AAUAAAACACGAUUUAUGUAACAUGCCUGCAGGCAAGUCAUGUACAUAAGUCCAAAAUAAAAGAAAAGGAAUAGUUUUACCAUCUUGACGACGAAAUUAGGAUUUCUUACAACUGAAAAAAAAAAAAAAGAAAUAUGUGAAAAUUAUCUAAACAACAGAAAAAAGUGCUUACAGUAGAUGUAUCUUAAAUAAUUUGAACAAAGACAAUUUACGGUAACAUGAAAAAAGUGAAAAGACUGAAGAAAACGGAGGCAGGGACAGUUGAUAAAAGUUCAACUGAGGACAAAGUUGAACAAAUUAACGUUGACAGUGACAGCAGUUUGGAGUAUGAUACAGAGCUUGAAGAAAAUGAGGAAAUUCUUUCACAAAGAGAUGUACAGAAACAGAAAAACCAAUAUGAAGAAAAUUUUGGGAUUGGUCACGUGUCAUAUGAGGAAGCAUGCAAGAGUCUAAAUAUAGUUCCAAUUCGAAGGAUCUCGGAACAACUUCCGCUUAACGGUAUGCGUCUGCAGCACGUUGGGAUGAAUAGUGGACAAUGCAAAGCUCUGGCCUGUGCAUUUUGGCACAAUACAUGUUUGGAGAGUUUAGAUUUAGAGGACAAUGGUCUGACUGGCGAAGACUUGGUACCAAUCAUAAACGGGUUAAGGAGCAACAUACAUAUCUCCAGUCUGAGUUUAUCAGAAAAUGAAGUACAAGUGGUCGGUGCAAUGGCUCUUGACGAGGUUCUACGAGAAACCACGUGGCUUACGCAUCUUAAUCUCUCUGGUACAAAGUUAGGGAAUAAGGAGACAGAAUUCAUAGCAGCCGGGUUACAGAAUAACAACAGCAUUAGAUGGUUAGAUCUUAGUCAUAACAACAUAGGUACAAACGGUAGUAAGAAAUUAGGAAGAGCAAUCGGUGACACAGAAUCCUUACAGUCUUUGAAUCUUAGCUGGAACCAUAUAAGAAUGGAAGGUGCCGUUGGUAUAUUAAAGGGACUGCAGAAAAAUAGUUCUUUAAUCAACUUGGAUCUUAGUAUGAAUGGACUUGGAUUUGAAGGAAGUCUCGCACUGGAGGAGACUUUGCGAGAAAACAGGUGCCUGAAGUUUUUUGAUGUCAGCAACAAUAGAAUUAACUGGGAGGGGGUAUCAUACGUAGCAAAGGGACUAAGAAAGAAUGGAACACUCCAGAUGCUCAAGAUUGGAAGUAAUCCUAUUAACAUGGAAGGAUGUUAUGAACUGUUAAAAGCGGCUGCACAUAGAAGGAGCAAAGUCAUGCAUAUAGCGCUUGAUAACGUUCCAGUGAAUGGUGCUGUACUUACAGUAGCAAAUGAGAUAAUGAAGAUGCGACAAUUCACUAUCACACACGGGGGAGUGCUCGAUACAAGGGACGUUGUUGGUAUAAGGAAAGAGAAACCAGAAGACCCUAUAACGCUUGUUGUGCGUUACCUAGCAUCAGUUGGUAUCCGUAUUAUCGAUUUAUUCCGGAUGUUUGACUCUGAUAACGACGGACAGGUUUCAAAGAGAGAAUUCAUCCGCGGACUGAAGAGAGUUGGGGUGCCUCUGCCGGACCGCGAUCUUGUAAACGUGGCAACAAGGCUUGAUAAAAGCAAGAAAGGCUAUAUUAGUUAUGGUCUUCUGUCAAAUGGAGUCAGGAAUCAUAUACGUGAAGAACGUAAGGAAGACAAACGACAGGAGGUCAAAAAACGGAACAGAUUAGAAGAGCGCAGGCGCAUACUUCAAACGGAACUUCCGGAAAUUUACAAAAGAACUUAUGAAGAUGAUUUAUUUAUGUUCUAUGCUUCGCAAUCUUCGGCAAAUCUAGGGUCAACACUCCGAAGCUCUACAAACAGUAUGCAUAGCCUGAACGGUGGGCAAGUCGUCAGUCUACCUGCCAUAGAGUCUGGAAGUUCUUCGCAUGUAUCAAACAAUGGUUUUAACGACUCACCACAGACGUCAUACGCUGACAGCAAUCAGCCUACGGAAUCAGAAAGCAAUAUUGUAGCACCGCGGUCUUUGAGGUCUAAAAGAAACUCCUUGCCUGCGAACAUAAAAUCAAAUGACUUUUUACGCUAUAUUCAUUCAUAUCUUGAACGAAAAAAGACUCAAGCAAAUAUUGACACGUCCAUAGCUUCAAAUGUAAACGUUUAGCAAAUUAAUUCUGUUAAAUUGUGAACACAUAAGUAACACUUAUGUAUGAUGGCAUAUUUCUGCCACGAGAUAGCUAGGUAGCUAUCACGAUAACUUGCAAACUUUCCAGGAAAUGUGUGCACUUUUUCUGAAAACAUUUCAGAAAUAAAUAAUAUUUUCAAGACA